AGAGCUAUUACCCAGCACAUUUCCAACUUGUUUCUCUAAUCCAUAAAGGCAAACAUGAAAAUUCUUGUGCUUUGCAUCACUUUAGUAGGCGCAAUUUCUGCUACCCCAGCAGAAAUUAACACGCUUUCAUUUGACUUCAUCGAAUCCAUAAACCAAAAACAAUCCAGCUGGGUCGCUGGACGCAAUUUUCCAGAAAACACAACCAACGAAUAUUUGUACAAACUUAAUGGCGUUUUGGGUAUCCAUCCAGAUCCUAACUACCAACCCGUUAGAAAAACGCAUCAAGUAAACCUUCAGGAUAUCCCUCAGUUUUUCGAUGCCCGUCAACAGUGGUCCUAUUGUGACUCUUUAAACCGCAUUAGAGACCAAGGCGGUUGUGGCUCUUGCUGGGCUUUCGCUGCAGUUGAAUCAAUGUCGGAUAGAAUCUGCAUCCAUUCCUCUGGAUCUGCGCAAUUCAUGUUCUCUGCUGAAGAUCUUCUCUCAUGUUGUGGAAGCUGCGGAAGCUGUGACGGAGGCUACGUGACGUCAGGUUUUGAUUAUUAUAUAAACACAGGUCUUGUGUCUGGGGGUGAUUUAAAUUCAAAUGAGGGUUGUAGACCGUAUACAGCGGAUGCCCACGAUUACGGCCAAACCCCAGCUUGUGUUCAAAGUUGUAACGAUGGUUAUCCAGUUGGUUACGACGCAGAUAAACACUAUGGUAACACAUAUUACUACAUAAAUAAUGCGAUUGACCAAAUGCAGUAUGAUAUUAUGACCAAUGGACCCAUCACUGUAACUUACAAUGUAUAUCAAGAUUUUUACAAUUAUCAGUCUGGUGUUUAUUACUACGUAAGUGGAGAUUAUGCUGGAUACCAUGCUGUCAAAAUUUUGGGAUGGGGAGACGAAAAUGGAAUUCCCUACUGGUUGGUGGCAAAUUCUUGGGGCAAUGGAUGGGGCGAUAACGGAUUUUUCAAAAUUCGUAGAGGUAACAACGAAUGUGGCAUAGAAGAUUAUCCAUACGCUGGUCUUCCUAACCUGUAAAAUAAUAGAUAAAGACUGAAAUCACUUAAUAAAAGUUUUACUAACAG